CUUCACUCCACCCCUCAUUCCCUAGCCCCCUUUUCAGCUCCUGUUCAGUUAAAGUAUUUCCCCUGUGAGCAGAGUUUCUUUCUGCUUCUCAAUCUUCUGCCAGAAGCGCCUCUGAAUUUUACUGCACACGCGACACUUUUAUUACGGGUUUGGAUUGAGAGAGACGCGUGCCAUCAGAGAGCUGGAAAGCAUCUGCAAUCAAGGAAUAUAAGAGUUUCAGAGGGACACUGCAUCAUACAGGGGAACGAUGCUGUCCUUGCUUUUGCGGAGUAUGUGUUUCUGGGUCUUCUCAGCCACAGCGUCUUUUGAUUACGUUUACAAUGAGCCUGAAAGCACACUGAGUGUCAGCAUACCCAAUGAGCUUCCUCUCCGACCUUUGAUGGGUGACACAUUAGUGCUGCCCUGCUACUUCCAGGACAACACAGUCAAUGACCCUGGUGCCCCCACCAUUGCCCCUUUGUCUCACCGGAUCAAAUGGAGUCUGGUCACCAAAGAAAAGACCACAAACAUUUUAGCGGCAUCUGAAGGAGUAGUAAGCAUCGACAAAAGGUAUCUGGAUAGGAUCACCAUGGUUGGAUACCCCAUGACACCCACAGACGCCUCCAUUAAGAUCACUGAGCUCCAUUCCAAUGACUCGGGAGUGUACCGCUGUGAGGUCAUGCAUGGGAUAGAGGACGGUUAUGAUGUUGUUGAUGUUCAAGUUCAAGGUAUUGUUUUCCACUAUCGUGCCAUCACCACACGAUAUACCCUUACCUUUGAGAAGGCCAAGGCAGCCUGUAUUCAAAACAGUGCAGUGAUUGCUACUCCAGAGCAACUCCAAGCAGCUUUUGAUGAGGGUUUCCACCAGUGUGAUGCUGGCUGGCUUGCAGAUCAGACCGUCAGGUACCCUAUUCAUGAUCCCCGUGAGGCUUGUUAUGGAGACAAGUACGAGUUUCCAGGAGUGAGGACAUAUGGAGUAAGAGACGUGAAUGAGACGUAUGACGUGUACUGCUUUGCUGAGAAAAUGACAGGAAAAGUGUUCCACACUACUUCCCCUAACAAAUUCACUUUUGAGGAGGCAGAAGCUGAGUGUGCAAAGCUGGGUGCCAAGUUGGCCACCACAGGACAGCUGUACCUGGCAUGGAAGGGUGGUAUGGAUGUUUGUAAUGCAGGCUGGCUGGCAGACCGGAGCGUCCGCUACCCCAUCAACAUCGCCCGAUCGCAGUGUGGGGGUGGCCUGCUAGGAGUGCGUACCGUCUAUCUGUUUCCCAAUCAGACUGGCUACCCUCUCUCAGACUCCCGCUAUGAUGCAUUUUGCUACUCUGAAACGGCUGAGGAAGGUUCUGGCCUAUUGCCAUUCGACAUAGAGACAACCACCGAAGCCGGCAGUGAUGUCCUGAGCGUGGACACAAUCACAGAACGCCCCCAGGUCUUUUUAAAGCCCACCUCCCCAGAAAGUGAACUGCAGGGAAAAGUUGUAACAUACAAGCCAUCAGUGACCACUGGUGUCGAGUUCCCAUAUACUGCACUAAAUAUUUCCCAGCUGCCCCUUUCACCACCCCCCAGCUCUGUGGACACUGUGGAAGGGGUCACUGAUGGGACUGAUCUUGCCUCUGAUUUAUCCCGUUUGAAUGAAACCGAAGCUAUCAUGUCCACCACAGGGGUGGCCUUCCAUUAUCGUGCAAGCUCCGGUCGUUAUGCUUUUGACUUUGUCGAGGCUCAACUGGCAUGUCAGAGCAUCGGUGCAGUCAUUGCCAGUGCCCAGCAACUGCAGGCAGCCUAUGAGUCUGGUUACCAUCAAUGUGACGCUGGCUGGCUGUUAGAUCAGACUGUUAGGUAUCCCAUUGUGUCUCCACGUGAGAAAUGCUCUGGUGAUUUGGAGCAUGUUCCUGGUGUGAGGUCUUAUGGACUGCGUUCUGCUGAUGAACGCUAUGAUGUGUACUGCUAUGUGGACAAAUUACGGGGGGAAGUUUUCCAUGCAAGUUCAUUCGAGGGAUUCACUUAUGGUGAGGCAGUGGCUUACUGCCUGGGCAAGCAUGCCUCCCUGGCCUCCACAGGAGACCUGUAUGCCGCUUGGAAGCAGGGCUUUGAUAAGUGCCGUGCUGGCUGGCUUCUUGACCGCAGUGUACGUUACUCCAUCAAUAACCCGCGGCAGCAGUGUGGUGGAGGGAAGGCUGGAAUUCACACAGUUUACAAGUUUCCCAACCAGACUGGCUCUCAUGACCUGCACUCCAAAUUUGAUGCAUUCUGCAUCAAGGUGGAUCUGGAUCUGUCUCUGAAUGAAAGUGAAACAAAUAUGACGGUGACAGAGGAAAAGAUAGUGAGCGUGACAUCCCUCCCUGCUCUUCUCAAACCUGAAGGAGCUACUCUUACUACUAUCCCUGCGGAACCCUCUGGAUCUGGCGCAUCUGGGGCCAGUGGCACUGAUGAUCAGUUGAGCAGUGGGAGCGGGGAUCAGCCAAGUGGGUCACCUGCUUCAAGUGGAGACUCUGCUGGGGCUAGUGGCACCGAUGAUCUGUUGAGCAGUGGAAGUGGGGAUCAGCCGAGUGGGUCACCUGUUUCAAGUGGGGACUCUUCUGGGGCCAGUGGCAUUGACAGUCUGUCGGGCAGUGGAAGCGAGGACCAACUGAGUGGGUCAUUUGUGUCGAGUGGAGACUCUUCUGGAAUCAGUGGCACUGAUGAUCUGUUGAGCAGUGGAAGCGGGGAUCAGCCGAGUGGGUCAUUUGUUUCAAGUGGAGACUCUUCUGGGGCCAGUGGCAACAACAAACUGUUGGACAGUGGGAGCGGGGAUCAGCCAAGUGGGUCAUUUGUGUCAAGUGGAGACUCCUCUGGGGCCAGUGGGAGUGGGGAUCUGCCAAGCGGGUCUUUAGGUUCUUCAGGAUCUGGCAGUGGCUUAGAUAUCCUAGUGACCUUUUCAGGAAGUGACUCCGUUUUAUCAGGUGUUGGAUCAGCUUCAGGAAGACCCGAGGAGGCUGGAGAGGCAGGCACAGAGUUCCUGACCUUUCCCUUUGGCCAGGGCUCAGGCCUCUUCGGAUUGGACACCUCUGGAUCAGGAUCAGGAAGUGGGUCAGGGUAUAGCUCUGAAGAGAGUGGAUCUACCUCAGACUUUUCCAGCAGCUCAGGAGAAAGUAACGAGAGUGGAGACCUUUCUGGCAUCUUCUCAGGAUCAGGUUCUAGCAAGGAGUCCUCAGGAUUCAGCGGUUUCCCAUCAGGAAUUUUUCCCUCUGGAGGAUCCAGUGGCAUUUCAUUCAUCGAUGGCAGUGGUGACAUCAUGGUGGAUAGCCCUUGGGUGAAGGUGUUCACUGCUCCACAUUUAACAGAACAAGAGCUGGGUGAAAACCAUGUGGAUUUCAGCGGAUCAGGACAUAUCUCAGGGUCUGGGAUGAGCAUUGAUGUCUCUGGGAUGAGUGGUGAUAUCUCUGGCAUGAGUGGUGAUAUAUCUGAAGUUAGCGGUGUCCACAGUGGCUCUGGGAGUGGUUUAGAGUUUUCUGGUCUGACAUUUUUGGGAUCGGGCUUCAUUGAUCUCACAGAACAACCUCGUGAGCAGGAAGUGUCUGGACUUUUGCUGUUUGGGUCUGGUGAGGGAAGUGUAUUUACAUCUGGAGGCUAUGCCAUUGAAUCAGGGGAAAGAUCAGGGGAAUCAGCUAGCGGUGAUAUCUUCUUCUCCAAUAAUGGCAUGGUGGAAAUGUCCAACAAGCCCUUCCAAGGCAUGGAGCUAGGAAGGGGGGAGGUGGAGUACAGUGGCACCGUCAGGUUGUCCUCAGGGAGUGGAGACGACCAAAGUGCCUUUGCUAGUGGACAAGAACAUGAAUGGAUCCCAGUUACUAAAGAUACGCCAACAGUGAACUCCAGUGAUGCUCCCUCAGAUGUACUAUCUGCUCAAGGGCCAUCUGGCCUGUACAGUGAUGCUUCAGGACCUCCAUUGCCUCCAUUGUCAGAACCAGAGGGAAUCACGAGUAAACUUGACACUGUUACUUCUGCAGCUUUGUCUUCUACCACAGAACCUACUUCUUUACAGAGCCCUUCUGUCAUGGAAGGACUUGUUGUGAAUGCUUCUCUUAACCCAUGUGAACCAAACCCUUGUGGAGCUGGGGUGUGUUCGGUGAAGGAUGGGGUGGGCAUUUGUCGCUGCCCACCUGGACUGCAUGGAGAAGAGUGCCAGAUUGAGGUUGAUGUUUGCCAUUCAAACCCUUGCGCCAAUGGAGCCACCUGUGUGGAGGUGGAGGACACUUUCAAAUGCUUAUGUCUGCCCAGCUACGAAGGAGACCGCUGUGAGAUUGAUGUGCACAGCUGUGAGGAGGGCUGGACUAAGUUUCAGGGCAACUGUUACUUGCAUUUCUCGGAGAGAGAGACCUGGCUGGACGCUGAGCAGCGCUGUCGAGACUUAAACGCUCACCUGGUGAGCAUUAUCACUCCAGAGGAGCAAGCCUUCAUCAACUCAUACGCACAAGACUAUCAGUGGAUUGGACUGAACGAUAAAACGGUGGAAAGUGACUUUCGCUGGUCAGAUGGGACUCCGCUGCAAUAUGAGAACUGGAGGCCUAACCAGCCUGACAAUUAUUUUAACUCUGGUGAAGACUGUGUUGUAAUGAUCUGGCACGAAAAUGGCCAAUGGAAUGACGUGCCCUGCAACUAUCACCUACCUUUCACAUGCAAAACAGGUCCAGUGACAUGUGACCAACCUCCUAAAGUGGAGAAUGCCAGGAUGUUUGGCAACAAGAAAGAUCGUUAUCAGGUGAAUUCUAUAAUCAGAUACCAGUGCAGUGAAAACUUCACACAGCGCCACCUACCUGUGAUCCGCUGCAUGGUUGAUGGACAGUGGGAGAAGCCUCGAGUGCAAUGCAUAGCCAAGGUCAAAUCCGGACUGCAAAAGGAAUCUUCUGUUUAUCACUCUCAUAAAUCUAAUACAACAACAUUGGAGAAACAUCUCUAAGGAGAUUUGAAGAGCUAGAGAUUCAUUUUUAAAUCAGUACGAGUUUUAUAUUUAUUUUCCAAGACACUGAAUUAUGAAGCAUUUGUGAUUAAAAAGUGUUAUUUUCAAGA